CUGCGUGUACGGAGUUGAGAUCAGCACAUCUAUCGCCUGAACAGCCCCUUUUGACACUCAUCUGUACCGCAUCGCGCACCAACGCUCUCGCCAACAGCUGGAGAUGGGUGAACGGCUUUCUUCAGUCACUGUUCGAUGCGCAGCGGCAGAAGUGACGGAAUAAGGAGCUGAAGCGUUUGUGUAUAUACAGGAUAUAGGCCUAGGCAUAUCACUUUAAUUAAAUAUAUUCAGGUAGGCUGUCGACGGAGAUAAUGUUGUGCGUUAGAGUAUGUGGUCAACUUGGGGUCGUGUUCGUGCAAGGAUACAUUGGGAAUUAAGGUUUUUAAACAAAGUGUCGGCAGAAUCCAAACCAAAAGAGAUGUAUGGAUUUAUCAAUACCUGUUUGAAGUCGCUGGUUGUUGACAAGUUUGGCGAGGAGACAUGGAUGAAGCUCAGAGAUGAGGCCGGGGUUCAAGAUACAUUCUUGACAUAUGAAGUGUACAAAGACGACAUCACCAUGCAACUGGUGGCUGCGGCCUGCAAGCUACUUGAUGUUAAACCAGAGGUGGUGUUGAGACAAUUUGGGGAAUACUUUUUUGACUUUUGUAAACGAUCUGGAUACGACCACAUGUUACGGACUCUGGGAGGGAACCUGUUCGAGUUUAUAGAGAAUCUGGAUGCACUGCACAGCUACCUCGCCCUUUCUUACAAGGAGAUGAACGCGCCAUCAUUUAGAGCAGAGAGGAACUGUGACGGCACGAUGUUUCUUCACUAUUACUCCGACCGCCGAGGCCUAUGCCAAAUUGUGCCCGGUAUCAUUGAAGCUGUAGCAAAAGACUUCUUCAACAGCGAGAUAACGAUGGAAAUCGUCAACCAAAUAGAGGAACUAGAGAGGACAGGAAAGAAGGAGCAUGUAGUAUUCCUUGUCACUCAGAAACCUACAUUUUCGAAUGUAAUGUGCAGUAACAAGCUCUCACAAACACCGCCAUGUUUGCCAAGAGGCCCCAGGCGCAACACAAUGCACUGGAACCCAAACAAGGAGGACAUGCAGAAAUCAUUGCAGAGGAAACUCCAAUCUCAGGGAUUUUCCAUGUGUCGGAACCACUGGGAGACUGUGAGGGGGUUGGUCCAGCUUGGGAAGGGCAAACUCUUGAGAGGAUUUGAGCCAGUCUACCCGAAGAACCUUUGCAUCGACCUGAAGACAUUUUGCAAUGCCUUUCCCUUCCAUAUAGUGUUCGACAAGGAGCUGGUGGUGAGACAAGCGGGGGUGAAUGUCCAGAAGAUCGUCCCCGGGCUGCAGACCAUGAGCAUUCACCUGGAUCAGUACUUCAGUAUCGUCCACCCCGAGGUCACCUUCACCAUCUCCAGCAUCAGGAAGUUCAUCAACAGCCACUUUGUCCUGCAGACGCGACGGGACAUGAUGCCCGAGGCCUGGAGGGAUAGACCCAUGCUGGAGCUCAGAGGUCAGAUGUUGUGGAUGGAGUCUCUGCAGUGCAUGCUGUACCAGGCCUCCCCUUUGCUGCGGAGCCUCCACGAGCUGGAGGAGCGGAGCAUGCACAUCUCUGACAUCGCGCCUCACGACGUCACGCGGGACCUCAUCCUGCUCAACCAGCAGCGGCUGGCCGAGAUGGAGCUCUCCAACCAGCUGGAGAGGAAGAAGGAGGAGCUCCGACACCUGUCCCAGCAUCUGGAGGAGGAGAGGACCAAGACGGAGAACCUGCUGUACGCCAUGCUACCCAAACAUGUGGCCAACCAGCUGAAGGAGGGGAAGAGAGUGGAAGCAGGAGAGUUCAAGGAGUGCACCAUCCUCUUCAGUGAUGUGGUCACCUUCACCAACAUCUGCUCGGAGUGUGAGCCCAUCCAGAUCGUCAACAUGCUUAACUCCAUGUACCUCAAGUUCGACCGGCUCACCACAGUACACACAGUUUACAAGGUGGAGACCAUAGGUGAUGCCUACAUGGUGGUAGGUGGCGUGCCCAUCCCAGUGUCCAGCCAUGCUGAGAGGGUGGCCAACUUCGCCCUGGGCAUGGUCAUAGCAGCUAGGGAGGUCAUCAACCCCAUCACAGGGGGGCCUAUCCAGAUUCGGGUGGGUGUACACAGCGGGCCAGUUCUAGCUGGUGUGGUGGGGGAGAAGAUGCCUCGGUACUGCCUGUUCGGAGACACAGUAAACACGGCGUCUCGCAUGGAGAGCCACGGCCUCCCCAACAAGAUCCACCUCAGCCCCAGUGUUUACCUGGUUCUGAAAGACAAGGGCUUCAUGAUCCAGGAGCGAGGGGAGAUCGAUGUGAAGGGGAAGGGCAGGAUGUCCACCUACUUCCUGGAAGGGAACCUGACCGCCACGGAGCACGAGAUCAUGGGCCGUUCAGUUAAGGAGGCCGACUCGGGCCGUGCGUCUGUACAGUCGGCACGGGACUGCAACACAGAGGCAGCCCUGUACAGACCGGCCAUCCAGAGGGUGCAGAGUGAGGACAGGAAUCCUGUAGUGCCCAUGGAGUAUGGAGACAGCCUGGCCGACCCGCCGCCCUCAGUCCAGCUCAUUGAACCCCAGCCACAAGUCAGAGCCAAGAGCCUCAAAGGAAAACCUCGGGACUCAGAGAGCUACGGCAGUCUCCACAGUGACAAGAAGUCAGUGGAGGGAGGUCUCCCCAAACCAGACCACCAGCUGACCAGAGCAACCUUGUCCCAGAGUCCCACUCCCAUAGAGGCUGAUGCUCCUCAUUCCACCAAACACAUCCGGACCAGUUUCUGUGUGGUCCUCUGAGCUGUUGUAGUACUAUCCAGACUAGUCACUGUAGCCCCGUUUAUACCUGUUGCUAACACAUGAUCCUGAUCUUGUCAUCAUUCUGAUUGUGCCCACAUUUUAGCUGUUGCUAUUAAAUAUUAAAAUGUGUCUCUUAUCCUUGUGACCAGAUUUCCUGGUACCUCCAAGUAUGCAAUACAAUAAUUUAAGACACAUAUUGAUAAGUCAAUGGUGCCAACUAUCAAUGAUUUCAGAGGGAGGGAUAAUGAUGAUUUAACAAGUUUUACUGUCCAGAUCCGCCUAAGAUAUUCAGACACAAUGCUUCCCUAACUACCUCCAGAGGUUGUCAGGAACAUGAGAUCACAAUACAUAUUCUAAUCGUCUACACCUGUCUAAAAAGGUGGGCACAAUUAGAAUGUGAACAAGAUCAGGCAAAGGACGCAUGUUAGCACCAGAUAUAAACUGAGCUUAAGUGACCCACCCAUUCAAUUGGAUCACAACUGCUGGAAUAUAGGACAUUCAAUUAAAUUGGACUAUCUCUGCUGAUGAGCCUAUACUCUGAGACUACAGUGUUUUAUGAAUAUUGAAAUUACAGUGUCUAUGGUAAUCUUGCUAAUGUUUCAUUUUAUGUGAUCUAUGUGAUAUAUAGAAGUCAAAUGUAACCAGACUAGUACCUCUGGUCCAGGGCACUAUGAACCAAGAUGGCGGAGCAGUAAGACGUGUUUGUUUCCUUCCCAUGUUUUUCUUUCUUUUUUUUGUAUACAUUUCAUUAUAUUUCAAUCUCUUUUCCAUUUUCGAAUUAAAUAUACCUUCUUGCAACCCGCCUCACCCAAUGUGGUACGGAUCUGCUACUUUUUAGACCUUAUAACUGGAACUUCCAUCAUCAGCUAGCAAGUUAAUAAGCUACUAGCUUUUUAGUCAUUGUUAGCCACUGCUAGCAGUCUUUAUCUUUAGCUCGGACUCCAGCCGCUUUAGCCCGGAUAGCCUGGAUAAUACCUGCCAGUCUGCACAGCACGAUAUCAGCCCUGAGCAUAUCGGACUGCUUUUUUCCUCCACUACAUCACCAGAUUCCUGCUGCAAGCUCUGGACUAUUACACCGGAUCUUCGCAGCUAGCUAGUUGCUACCGAGUGCCUAUUGUGGCUAAUGCCCUUGUCCAGAAGCAUCCACCAGCUAGCCUCGGGCUAGGCCCAUGUCCCGUCUAGCAAACGAAGUACACCAAUUACAUCUGCUGAUGUAAUUGAUGAUGUAAUUCGGCCGAUGUGCUCUCAACCGACCUCUGUGUCGUGGAUGUUGGUGUUGAUCUAUCUGCUAGCCCCGACCUGCUAGCUUCCUGAACGCCGUGUCUCCCGCAGGCCUUGCAUAGGAAUCUACUACCGAACGGCUCCCUGUUUCAUCAUUGCUGCUCACUGCAAUCUGGUUUCCGAGCUGGUCACGGGUGCACCUCAGCCACACUCAAGGUCCUAAACGAUA